AUGUCGUCAGAGGCGAGCAGAUUCAUGAUGGACGACGAAUCAGACUGGUCCGACGACGACGCCAUCUACGAGGCCGGUUGUGUCGAAUUGAUGCCGGACAUUCACACCAAUAAAUUUGAACUGUACGAACCUGUGGCGGAGCAUCGCGACGGAGCAGUAAAGGCGUCUAUCGAAGGCAAAGAAAGUGGACAUGUUGUGUACCACAGGUCCAAAGCAGACUGCGGCGUCUCCAUCACCAGGUUGCUAUGGGCAGACGGGUGGCGAGACAAUGACCACAGCGAAGCCAUGACGCUCGUGGUGCUCAAACUGGGCUUCAAGCCGGAGAGCCGCACCGCCAAGGUGACACACGCCUCGCUGAAGCUGAGGCUCAAGUCUGACAAGAAGGAAGACGAAGAUCCGCAACUUGUGGCAUGGGGCCCCUUCCGCCACCCGGAGAUGUGGAAUGGGGUUCAGGCUCACAGGCGGAGCAACGUGACACCAAGCGUCAAGUUUGGUGCUGCGGGCGCCGGCCAGGAGCUAUCCGCGGGGAUAGAUUUUACAACAGAGACCGAAUGGGACGAAGUGUGCACCGAUUACGGCCAGUCCUCGGAGCAGUACAGCAAGCGCAAGCAGGGACCUCCAAACGGGGUCUUAUGGCAGGUGUUCCAAAACGAGCGGCUUCAACGGGGCAUCACCCCCGAGGUCCGCGUUGCCGCUCUGUUCUUGAGAUCACCAUCAUCCCACUAUCGAGUCGAGGUCAGAAUUGUCGCGGACACGGGGACCGGCAGCAAACUUCUCCAUCAGGGAAUGCGCCUGUUCAAGCAGCCAGGGGGCGAUAGGGUUUAUUGGAGGGUCACGUCUCGGCCGGGAUCCAGAGACAAUUUCCACGCUGAGGGCGGCGCCAUCAUCAAGGACGUUGACCUGAACAACCUCGGGAAACUCGCGGAUCCUAGCAGCAGCAUGAACCUGAACCCUGAGUGGCUGAACAAAUGGGAGCGGGUCGAGAUGCCAAAGGCGACCGCGGAACCCGAGGCCAAGCCUAUGCAAGCCGUUGCAGAACCGCUCGAGAUUAGGGAGCAUCAUGUGGCUGCAGCUUACAGCUCCAGCUCCAGCUCUCAGCAAGAGGUGAUACAAUCCAGUUUAGAGAGAGAGGAGGCCUUCAAGAGCAAGGCGCAGACGCGCCAGGCGCCGCUAGAUGCCGACGCCGUCACGGGGAGACCACUACCGCAAUCACACGGUGCAGGUUUGCUUGCGACAAGCCCACCGCAGCCAGUAGAAACGAGAGGUACAGAAGACAACAUACGGCCUCGAGCAUCUGGAGAUCCGGAAGUUGAUACUGCUACGUCUCGAUCACCCGACCUUCACUGCGACAGCAGGCUGGUGGCGCUGGAAGUCCGCUCUGCACGAGCCGAGGCUCGCAUCGCAGAGCAGGACCGGCAAAUCAUCGAGCUGCAACGAACUUUGACACGGGACGUUAAGGACGUCAAGGACGUCAAGGACGUCAAGGACGCACUGCUCAGUUAUCUCAAAAGCCAAGGCAACACAAAGAAGCUUGACUCUCUAGGAACAGAAAUGUUCGAUGAGAUCACAAAUAAAUUCGCGGACCAGAAAGGCCGCAAAGAAUCGCUCAUCAGUGGCAUCAGAGCCUUCCUGGAGCUUAGUGGCGAUGACGAUGGACAGAUGGACGACUGUCUCCGGUGGCGCAUACUCGUCAAGGCCCUCAAAACCCAGGACUGUGCUGAAGCUGCGAAAGUGACGAGCGAGAUCAUUGUCAAUACCUGUCCGAAGCUCGCCUUCUUGUGUCUCGGUUCAAAAAAAAAGAACAACGACCGGACGCUCUUCUACACCGGACAGUGCAACAACAAAAUGCAUAAAACCGACGAAUUGUUUAUUCCUUUCAAUUUAGCGGCGAAGAGGGGAAACCACAGCAUCAUCAAACUCAUGCUCUCCAAAAUAUCUGCCAUCCUCAAAGACGCCCAGAAGGAGUCGAGUCAUCCUCUCAGCCAGAUAAGUCUGGCCCAACUUGUCGGAGCCAAAGAUCAGGACUUUGGGAAAAGCCCUCUGGCGCUUGCCCUGGACGCCGAGCGCACGCCGCUCGAGACCUUGAAGGAGCUCCUCACGGUGCCCGGUAUCGAAGACAGAGACAAGUCUUUUGACGCAGCGCUCGAGAAUGGGUGGGACAAGAUUGUAGAAAUCUUUCUCGAGCACGGCAUCGGAAUGCCGACUACCAGCGACCCGAUUAUCGAAGCUUUGAAAAGGCUCAAUGAGCCAGUCAACUUGGAAGAGACUGAAGACUCCGUACGAAGCAAGGAAGACGAGUGUCGGUUGAACAUUGUCAAGAGCCUCGUCCACAGGGCUACGCCUGAGGCAUUUAAUCAAGAGGUGGUGGAGGGAGUCAUCAAGCAGAAUUUGACGCAGGUCUGGAAGGUCUGGAAAGAAAAGAGCGGCAACGACCCGGUCAAACAGAUCAUGCCAUGCCUUCUCCACAUGGCAGUGCUGCAUGAGAAAGUCGAAUUUGUCAAAAUCUUCGUCGACGACUACCCCGACGCGUUGAGCAGGGAGAACGUCAUUCCUGGGCAGCCCGAGCAAGAAAAGACGAACGACAAGUACCCACUCUGGUACAACAACCAGAAAUGGUACAAGGGGGAGAAUGAGGGAACAGGGCGCUAUAUUUCGAAGCCCUCCUUUUCCGAUCCAAAGCAGAGCGACCGGGCCGCGAUUCGCAAUUUGAUCGUUACCAAGAUGAUUCAUGGGCUGGAUAUGGACAAGUUGCCCGACAUUCUCCAUAGGUCGCAUGAACCGUUCGACGAUCUGUGCUUCGACAUAUCCCGAUUCAACUCUGCGGCGUACCGAAUAUCCGACAUCGUGGACUCCUUGAUCCUCCAAGACAAGGACAACGAACGGGGGAUGCACCGGUAUGAACGCACGCUCAAGUACGUGGCGUUUCCAGCAUUGGACACGAUGGUGGCCGAGAGGGAAGCCUAUGCGGAGAACUUGAACCUCAAAAAGGGUCAUGAUGAGGUGUUCAGGGUCCUGGACUGGUUGUCAGUCAAAAAGGUGACAAAAAUUAUCAAGCUCACAGUGCCAGAUCGCUUAGUCAACCCCCACGAUGACUUGAAGAUGGCUAAGUAUGUGAAGAAAUUCAAAAUCGAAGUGCUCGACUGGAAAGUACUCGAUCUCUCUAUCUCCAUUUUCCAGAGCCAAAAUUCCAUGGAGCAAGAAGAGAUCAAAGAGCUGUACCUGUAUUCGAGCGGCAAGCGCGCAGCCAUUAACCAUUGGUUUAACAAAGACGACGGUGUCGAGUCGCUAAGCAAGCUCAAGAAGCUCUACGUCCACGUUAUUCGAGUUGAGUCAAUAUCUCUCUUGAAUCCUAUCAUUGCGUAUUGGGCUAACGAGAUGAUCCUUCAGGAAACUUGUACGGCGAACCAGACCAGGAACUUGCUGCACUACAUUCAAUUGCAGAACCAGAAUCUAGCCGACCGACAACCCAAUAUUAGCUCAAUUGAUCCUAUCGAAGCGGCUUGGUAUCCGAGCCCAUCAGUGGCAGACCUGAGCAAGAUCGCCUAUCAGUUGUCGCGCCCACUCGCCGAAUGGCUCACGAAACUCGCCUUUUUCGUCAAGAAAAGGAACGCGGCCAAUGGAGGGGUUGCCCAUAGACCGACGAAGGUGGCCAUUCUGGACAAUGGUGUCCUAAGCAUUUCUCCUGUCUCGAAGCAAGCAGACGCCGAGAUAUCAGCAAAGACGAAUGAGGAAAGGACGGGUUCAGAAGUCCCAAGGACUGAUGGUCUCGGUGGCAAGUCCGCUAAUGCAAUGCCGCCCGCGAACAAGAAGCGAAAAGAGGACGACGAAAACAGCCUUUGGUCACGCAUCAAGGCUGGCAGAUCUUUUGUCGAUGGCAACCUUAACUUCAGCCCGUGGCAAUUCCCCUCAGAUCCACACGGAACGCAAAUGGCGAACCUCAUAUGUGCCAUUGAUCCCUUUUGUGAGAUCUAUGUCGCCAGGGUGGCCGAAGAUGCGUUCGGCAUCAAGGCCAAGAAUGUUGCAAAGGCCAUUCAAUGGGCUAUAGAUGAAAAAGUCGACAUAAUAUCCAUGAGCUUUGUUCUUGGUGAAGAUCCAGACGAUGUGAUGAAGAAGAAGAUCAUUAAGGCCGGCAAGGCAGGCAUCGUCAUGACAUGCAGCACACACGACGAGGGAUCCAGGAUCGUGGCCGCCUAUCCUGCGACCUUCAAAGGCGAUUGCAAUGCGCUUCUGGUGCUUGCCGCGUGCGACGAAUAUGGCAAGCUUCUACGUGAGAUCGACUUGAGCUCAUACAGCUUCAAGCUGCGAGGCCAAAACGUGCCAGCCGGUGUCGUACCUUUUAUCAAGUCUGAGGAGAAGAUCUCAGGGAGCUCCGUUGCCACGGCUCUGGCCGCCGGCCUUUGCUCGUUGAUCCUGACAUGCGCCCGUUUGGCGGAUCCAGACAGGAAGUUCGACGAUACUGUCAACGUUGGCCAGAGAGUUGAAGAGCUUGGGACCUCUAGCCGCAUCGGCAUGGUACGGGAAAUCCUCAAGCGGAUGCUCUCCGACUCCGAUUCCGACAAGCAUGACGCCUACUUGCUCCUGGAGAGGUUUGGAGGCAUUGCGAAGCCAAGUCCCGGAGAUGGCGUCAAACACGACAGUUUAGACAAGGCGGGCAAUGCCAGAAUACCAUCUCCUGAGAUGGUUCUACGAAAUUAUUUUGAGAUGAAGAAGUAGUGAGAGACGAUACCUGCACCAGCUAGGUUAAGUAAUGUUCAGCAGGGUUAAAGUUAGCUUUAUUAAUUGAAAUUUAACUAGAG